AUGCACAGCCUUCCCCUGCUGCUGCUGCUCUGGGCCGUGGGGUCUCACGGCCUCCCAGCAGGGACUUUAAAAACACAAGAUGAUGAGCUGCUGGUCCAGCAAUACCUGGAGAGCUACUACAACCUGAGGAGCGAUGGGAAACAGAUUGAAAGGCAGAGAAAGAGCAGCCUCGUGGUUGAAAAACUGAAGCAAAUGCAGGAAUUCUUUGGGCUGAAAGUGACCGGGAAGCCAGAUGCUGACACCCUGGAGGUGAUGAAGCAGGCCAGAUGCGGGGUGCCCGACGUGGCUCUGUUUGUCGUCACCGAGGGGAACCCUCGGUGGGAGAACACACACCUGACCUACAGGAUUGAAAAUUACACACCAGAUUUGCCAAGAGCAGACGUGGACCAUGCCAUUCAGAAAGCCUUUCAGCUCUGGAGUGCUGUCUCACCCCUGACCUUCACCAAGGUCUCUGAGGGCCUGGCAGACAUAAUGAUAGGCUUCUACAGGGGAGAUCAUCGUGACAACUCUCCCUUUGAUGGACCUGGAAGAAACCUUGCUCAUGCUUUCCAGCCAGGCCAAGGUAUCGGAGGAGAUGUUCAUUUUGAUGAAGAUGAAACAUGGACCAGAGAUUUCAGAAAUUAUAACUUGUAUCGUGUUGCUGCUCAUGAAUUGGGCCAUUCCCUUGGACUUUCUCAUUCUGCUGAUAUUGGGGCUUUGAUGUACCCCAACUACAUCUUCAGCGGUGAUGUUCAGCUCUCUCAGGAUGACAUCAAUGGUAUCCAGGCCAUUUAUGGACCCUCCAAAAACCCGAUCCAGCCAAUGGGCCCACAAACCCCACAAGUGUGUGAUAGCAAGCUAACCUUUGAUGCUAUAACUACGAUUCGGGGAGAAGUGAUGUUCUUCAAAGACAGGUUCUACAUGCGCAUAAAUUCUUACUACCCGGAACCUGAGCUCAAUUUCAUCACUACUUUCUGGCCAAAUCUGCCAAAUGGACUUCAAGCCGCUUAUGAGUUUGCUGAUAGAGAUGAAGUCCGUUUUUUCAAAGGUAAUAAGUACUGGGCUGCUCAAGGGGAACAAAUGCUGCCCGGAUACCCCAAGGACAUCUACAGCUCCUUUGGCUUCCCUAGAAGCGUGAAGAAUAUUGAUGCUGCUGCUUUUGAGGAAGAUACUGGGAAAACAUACUUUUUUGUUGCUAACAAGAUCUGGAGGUAUGAUGAAUACAAACAAUCAAUGGAUGCAGGUUAUCCCAAAUCAAUAGCAGCUAUCUUCCCUGGAAUUGGCAGCAAGGUUGAUGCUGUUUUCCAGAAAGACGGAUUUUUCUAUUUCUUCCAUGGAACAAGGCAGUACAAAUUUGAUCCUAAAACGAAGAGAAUUUUGACUCUGCUGAAAGCUAAUAGCUGGUUCAACUGUAGACAAAAUUGA